AUGCCGGCCUUUCGCGUCCUGCUCAACUGUGUGGACCACUACCAGGCCACCCCGACAGAACUUGACCCUCAGUUUACAUCCGAUAAUAAUGAUCCCCAACUAAGAUCAGGGUCCAUAAAAGUCCCAGUAAUCCGGGUUUUUGGUGCCACUGAGACCGGACAGAAGUCAGCUAAACAUCGAAUAGUGAACGCUGCUAUCCGAAGUUUACAUGCAUCUAUCGAUCAUGCGCUUGCCCUUAGCUACAGGCGAAACCCUUCUGACCAUUCGGCAGCAUUCGUUGCUUAUAUAUCACUGGUCAAGGGUAUUCCAUUCUAUGGCUAUUAUGUAGGAUAUCGGUAUUAUUUCAAAGUAUAUUUACUGAACCCACUACAUAUGACACGGCUUGCAGACCUUCUUCUCCAGGGUGCUGUAAUGAAACGAGCUUUGCAACCAUACGAAAGCCAUCUGCAGUUCAUUCCUCAAUGGAUGUGUGAUUACAGUUUACACGGAUGCGCUUAUAUUAAUUGUUCCAAAGUCAAAUUCCGCCCCCCAGUGCCAUCUCACAUCAGUCUCGAAAACCCGGACCAUCUUUGGCAUGACGAAUCGAUUCCUCAAAGGGAUAUAUCUGACCCCAGUGAAUUUCCUAGGCAAAGCCACUGUGCCAUAGAAGUGGAUAUCCACGUUCAGGAUAUAUUGAAUCGCCAUGAAAUUAGGCAACGAGAAAUACACCAUGAUUUUGUGGUAGAAUCUAAUCAAGGAUUUAUCACAGAAAAGCUGGUGCCAAGCUUAAGGGUUCUCUGGAAGGACGAGGAGAGGAGAAGAAAAGCUAAACUUGGCUUAACCGGAUCUGAAGGUACUCCAUUUUCACAAAAGGACCUGGCUUCAAUGUCAUCAAACCCUCACCAAACACAUUCAGGUGGUUGGAUACAUGAAAAGGAGUUCCGUGAACAAAUAGAUGCUAUUGUGGCAGAAGAGAGACGAAAAAGGGAUAAUUCCCCUACAAGGAGCGAUUUUGUUCGCUAUCCCGAAUUUCAUGAGUCGGUUAAGACUGCCUUGGAAAGUGUCCAGGAGUUAUAUCCACAAAAUUUGCUGAGUUCGCAAGCAGAUGCUAUCCAAUCUCAGAUCAGCACCGAAGCCAACAAUGGCAGUGUUGAAGUUGACGAAAACCGUAUUGACUCUUUCGGAGUGGAUACAUUUUUUGAUACCGGUGAUAUAGACGACUCUUUUGCCCGGGACCGCCAGGAAUUAGACGAUGUGAUAGGCAGGAAACUAGCAUCAAACACAAACCAACCAAACAAGAGUGAGCCGUUGGAUCCCAACAUUUUCUUGCAGUCUUCCCAGCUUGAAGAAGUUGGUAUCAAAAGAGCUUCAGACCCAAUAAACAGCGAAAGUGAUUUGUUUGAAAUUGAUCCUGAGUUUUUGACUCUAAUUGACUCUAAGCUCAGAAAACGAGACCGUAAUGAGGAGUCUUCCCCCGAAGUGUCGAGAGACAAGAAGGUCAAAGUGACUGAAAUACCCCAGACGCGAUCAUCGUUAAAGGCUAAAUUCCAUGUGUCCAUGGCUGGGUCGGCACAGGAAACGAGCAUAGGAAAAGGCGUCUCUUCUAGAAGUGAUUCUCCCGCUUCCUCACAGAAGCCGAGAGCCUCUGGCGGAGAUAACCAGCGUCUCCCUUUUCCAGUUGUUAAAGACUCCGCCAAUGCAGCUACGGUACUGAGGCUGAGCCAACAAAACCUGCAGACAAAGAAAACGCAGCAAAUCUUCAUAAAAGAAGGUUUUCUGCCUGAAGGGAGUACCUCUCAGCCUAAUAUCAUGAAUUCCCCAAACGAUCCAAAAGUUGAACCUGCUGCUACCAAUUCCCAGGACGGUUCAGAAAACAUCACGUCAUACCAACCACCCAAAGCUAGCAAGGUGUAUUGUUUUACUCAGCAAUGUCCGUUACCCUCAUUAGUGCGUGAAACUAUAUCAGAUAACUCAAGACCAAGCGUCAUCUACCAAGGUGCUUAUUACGGUAAUGAGAGUGACGUCCUUGAGCGAGCACUUGAGUAUGCUGGCAAAGAAUUCAAGCUUGAAAGUAAUAGCCUGCCGUUUCUUCCAACUUUUGAUCCUACAGGAACUUCUCCUGCCAUGUUUGGUGAAAAACCCGCGCUUCUGCUGGAUCGAACGGCUUUCGAGGACCAGAAUAAAAAGCUGCGCAGAGCUUGCAGUUUACGGACUUGGGAAUUUGCUGUGAAAGCGCCUAUUCAGAGCGACGUUGUCGGUUGGUUUAAAAAGGAAGAUAUUCAGAAGAAGCGCCUUAAAAAUGGUUCCGCUGAUACCAAUGCGAGGGACGUCCCUGUUUCCCAAAUUGAUACAUCCACUCAGCACAAUAAGCAUGGCUUCAAAUACUCUCAGCGGACCAAAUCGUCUGCUGUGCAGCAUGAAGCUAACUAUAUGAGUGUGAUGAGUUUAGAGGUCCAUGUCAACACCCGCGGUACACUAGCUCCCAACCCUGAAGAGGAUGAGGUAGCCUGUGUAUUCUGGUCAGUUAUAUCCGAGGAAGAAGGUCGGCACCGUGGUGUUGUGGUUCUCUCGGAAACCUAUGGCCUGUCAUCGAAGUUGAAACCUGAGCCCGGAAUAGAAUUUCAGGAGGAUAUGUCUGAACUUGAUCUUAUGAACCGAAUUGUGGGAAUUGUCAGGUAUUAUGAUCCUGAUAUAUUGACUGGCUAUGAGGUUCACAAUGGUUCGUGGGGCUAUCUGAUCGAACGGGCGCGGAAAGGCUAUGAUUAUGAUCUGUGUGAUGAGUUCUCAAGAGUCAAGUCACAAUCCCAUGGACGCAUUAGUAGAGAGACAGACAGGUGGGGUUUCAACCACACGUCUACCAUUCGCGUCACUGGGAGGCAUAUGAUUAAUAUAUGGAGAGCCAUGAGAGGAGAACUUAACCUUCUUCAGUACACCAUGGAAAAUGUGGCUUUCCAUUUGCUUCACAAGAGGAUCCCCCAUUAUCCGUUUGAGGAUCUUACACGGUGGUUCAAGAGUGACAGACCUAGAGAUGUUGCCAAAACUAUACAAUAUUUCUCUUCAAGGGUUGAUCUUAACCUUGAAAUUCUGGACGCAAACGAGCUGAUCUCAAGGACAAGCGAACAAGCUCGAAUUCUGGGUAUCGAUUUUUACUCCGUAUUUUCUAGGGGUUCGCAGUUCAAAGUGGAGUCCCUCAUGUUCCGCAUUGCCAAACCUGAGAAUUUCAUCUUGAUAUCCCCAAGUAGAAAGCAGGUUGGUCAGCAAAACGCAUUAGAGUGUCUUCCCCUGGUCAUGGAACCUCAAAGCGAUUUUUAUACCAGUCCUUUACUUGUGUUGGAUUUUCAAUCUCUCUAUCCAAGCAUCAUGAUUGCUUAUAAUUACUGCUACUCAACAAACCUGGGCAGGAUUGUCAACUGGCGGGGUCGAAACAAAAUGGGUAUCACGGACUAUGAAAGGGAGCCUGGCCUCCUGCGCUUAUUGAAAGAUAAGAUUAACAUUGCGCCGAAUGGAAUUAUAUAUGUGAAACAAGAGGUUCGGAAAUCACUCCUUGCAAAAAUGCUUACUGAAAUCCUUGAAACUCGGGUCAUGGUGAAAAACGGCAUGAAAGAGGACAAAGAUGAUAGGCCUCUGCAACGUUUGCUGAAUAACCGACAAUUGGCGCUCAAGCUAAUUGCCAAUGUUACUUAUGGCUAUACAUCCGCCUCUUUUUCGGGGAGAAUGCCAUGCUCCGAGAUCGCGGACAGCAUUGUCCAAACAGCUAGAGAGACUCUUGAAAAGGCAAUUGCACUCAUCCACUCUGUAAAACGAUGGGGCGCUGAGGUUGUCUAUGGAGAUACCGAUAGCUUGUUUAUCUACCUAAAAGGCCGUACAAGGGCAGAAGCCUUUGACCUUGGGGAAGAGAUAGCUAAAACCAUAACAGAUUCAAAUCCACGACCGGUUAAACUAAAGUUUGAGAAGGUCUACCAUCCAUGCGUGCUUCUUGCCAAGAAAAGGUACGUCGGUUAUAAGUAUGAGUCUAAAAACCAGGAAAAGCCUGAAUUCGAUGCCAAGGGUAUAGAAACUGUCCGAAGAGAUGGGACACCCGCAGAGCAAAAGAUUGAGGAGAAGGCAUUACGGCUUUUAUUUGAAACGUCAGAUUUGAGCCGUAUCAAGGAGUACUUUCAAAAACAAUGUUCCAAAAUCAUGCGGGGAAAGGUUUCGGUGCAAGAUUUCUGCUUUGCGAAGGAGGUUAAAUUAGGGACUUAUAGUGACAGAGGUGCCCCUCCUCCCGGUGCUCUCAUCAGUGCGAAACGAAUGCUGGAGGAUCCGAGGCUGGAACCGCAGUAUGGAGAGCGGGUACCGUAUGUGGUCGUUUCGGGGGCUCCAGGCGCGCGACUAAUUGAUCGCUGUUUUCCACCGGAGGUAUUACUGCAGGAUCCCCAGCUGGAACUUGAUGCAGAAUAUUAUAUAUCAAAAAACCUGAUUCCUCCCUUGGAGCGAAUCUUUAACCUCGUCGGCGCCAACGUUCGACAAUGGUACGAUGAGAUGCCAAAGUACCAAAGAAUGCGCCGCACAGAAGGAGCCUUGAACACCCCAGCUGGACGAUCUGGUCAAGAUGGCAAUAAUUCCAUGUUUAAGAAAACGCUGGAGUGCUAUAUGAGAUCAUCUUCCUGCGCAGUCUGUCGGAGCAAGCUAAACUCUGAAGAGCAGCGACAACAGAACCAAGCCAUAUGCAACGUGUGCCUCCGUCAACAACCACACCUUUCGCUUCUUAAGCUUGAAUACCGGGUGCACGAGUCCGAAAGAAGGGUAGCCAAUUUGCAAGAC